GGCAUCGCGUAAUGGCGGACACGGGCCGGGCGAGCGCGGCUGGGGGCGUUGCGCGUUGAGGGGGGUCCGGCUGUGUGGCAACCCGCUAGGCGGUCGGCGGGAGCAGAUCCCGUGUUGAGAUAGGGCGGCUGGCCGGCUUUUCCUGUCUCUGAGGGGGACUGCGCGAGGCCAGGAUUACUACUACAGAUUGAGACUGAUACUGUUUACAUGAAGUAAAAGAGGGAAAGAGAGUUAAACUGGGAUGUCUGGAGUUUGGAUCAGAAACCUGUUGAGUCAAAGGAGGAACUUAGCAGCAAAAUGGAAUGGAAAUCAUUUCCUAAGAAAGUAGACAAGUUGUUUUUCAUCAUUCAGAACAUUGCCUGAAGCAGGUCCACCAUGCCGUUAGUAACGAGAAACAUCGAGCCAAGGCACCUGUGCCGUCAGACGUUGCCUAGCGUUAGAAGCGAGCUGGAAUGCAUGACCAACAUCACCCUGGCAAAUGUCAUCCGACAGCUGGGCAGCCUGAGUAAAUACGCAGAGGACAUUUUUGGAGAGCUCUUUACUCAGGCAAAUACCUUUGCCUCUCGAGUAAGCACCCUUGCUGAGAGGGUUGACCGACUACAAGUUAAAGUCACUCAGCUGGAUCCCAAAGAAGAAGAAGUGUCACUACAAGGAAUCAACACCCGAAAGGCUUUCAGAAGCUCUACCAUUCAAGACCAGAAGCUUUUUGACAGAAAUUCUCUCCCAGUGCCUGUCUUGGAAACAUACAAUACCUGUGAUACUCCGCCCCCUCUCAACAAUCUCACCCCUUACAGGGAUGAUGGAAAAGAGGCACUCAAAUUCUACACCGACCCUUCAUACUUCUUUGAUCUUUGGAAGGAGAAGAUGCUGCAGGACACCAAGGAUAUCAUGAAAGAGAAGAGAAAGCAUAGGAAAGAAAAGAAAGAUAAUCCAAAUCGAGGGAAUGUAAACCCACGUAAAAUCAAGACACGUAAAGAAGAAUGGGAGAAAAUGAAGAUGGGACAAGAAUUUGUGGAGUCCAAAGAAAAGCUGGGGCCUUCUGGGUAUUCACCCGCCUUAGUGUACCAGAAUGGCAGCAUUGGCUCUAUUGAAAAUGUGGAUGUAGGCAACUAUCCACCACCACCACAGUCAGACUCCGCCUCUUCACCUUCACCUUCUUUCUCUGAGGAGAACUUGCCUCCCCCACCAGCAGAAUUCAGCUAUCCAGCAGACAACCAAAGAGGAUCUGGCUUGGCUGGACCCAAAAGAUCCAGCGUGGUUAGCCCAAGCCAUCCACCCCCAGCUCCUCCUCUGGGUUCUCCACCAGGCCCCAAACCUGGGUUUGCUCCACCACCUGCCCCUCCUCCUCCACCUCCAAUGGGCAUUCCACCUCCACCACCACCCAUAGGAUUUGGGUCUCCAGGGACCCCUCCACCACCUUCACCCCCAUCUUUUCCACCUCACCCUGAUUUUGCUGCCCCUCUACCUCCUCCCCUGCCACCUGCAGUGGACUACCCCACUCUGCCACCACCUCCCUUGUCCCAACCAGUAGGCGGUACGCCUCCCCCUCCCCCUCCCCCUCCCCCUCCAGGACCUCCACCUCUCCCUUUCAGUGGUGGGGAUGGCCAGCCUGCCAUACCACCACCGCCGCUUUCUGAUGCCACCAAGCCCAAGUCCUCUUUGCCUGCUGUGAGUGAUGCCCGUAGUGACCUGCUUUCUGCCAUCCGUCAAGGCUUUCAGCUACGCAGGGUUGAAGAACAGCGGGAGCAAGAGAAACGAGAUGUUGUGGGCAAUGAUGUGGCCACCAUCCUGUCACGUCGUAUUGCUGUUGAGUACAGUGACUCGGAAGAUGACUCCUCUGAAUUUGAUGAGGACGACUGGUCGGAUUAACUCUUUCUGCCUGCCGCCCACCUCCUUUUCUUUCCUUCCUACCUUCCUUUUUUGAUGCCUAUCCCAAUAGUCCUGUGGGAGGGGGGAGAAACAAAAGAAUUUCAAGGGCCAAAGCCUUCCCUGAAGCAACCAAAGAUAUAUCCAAGUGCUUCCUCCAAAUCAACAUGUAUUUUCUCUCCCUAUUGUCAAGAGCAUGGGCUCCUGAGUUUCAUAGCUAAGAUGAGAUGUUCCCUGGUUCCUUCAAGUGACUGUCGCAUAUUGAAAGGAAGGAAACCCCGCCCCAAGCAGAUUUCUUUGAUUGGAUUUCAAUGGAAAAUGGCUCCUAGGGGAGAGUACCAUUUUCAAUUGAAUUCCAACCAUCUUCUGGUCCUAAAGUACUGAGAGCAGACUGUGGGGACACAGUUGUCCCCCUUUCCUGUGUCCUAAGAGGGCAGAGCAGUCUGAGUACCCAGAAGCCAGACCACCUCUUGCCUACUCCUGCUGUCUUCCCUAAUCAGCAGGGUGGGGCUGCCUUUUAUUCAGUGAUCUUUUGACCUGGGAUGUUUUUUAUUCCAGGAGGUAACAGACCACUACAGAGUGUCUCAUCCACUUUUCCCAGAAACAAGGUCUCUGAAGGCUGAGGCUGUUGUCUCCCUCCUAGACUCCCUCUUAUCAAGUAUGAUGGUAAAGUGUCCUUCAAAUACCCCUUCCUUGCCCUUAGGUGCCUUUAGGCUCUAUAGCUCAGUUUUAACCUCUAAUAUCUAUGACCAAACUAGCCCUGACACACAGGGACAUGGGUGGGCUUCUGCUGACUGUCAGGAGCAAAGCUUAGAGACUUGGAACUACAGAACUAGAAGGAUGGUAGGAUUCCUUGGGUCUGCCCUCUUAAAGAUGAUGAGGCCUAGACAAGGGAAGUGACUUGCUCAAGGUCACACAGUUGGAUAGUAAUGGAGCAAGAGCCCAGACAUCCUGAUUCCAAGUCACCUGUGCUUUCUGGGACCAAAUAAUGGGCACCUGCUGGAGUCUGGGCAGAGCAGUCUUGGCUCUGUGCUGCUCCAGACCUCCCCAUAGGCAGGGGUCCCAGUCGGAGGCUCGGUGCCUGUGCCAGCCCUGUCAGUGUUGCUCAGACCUUAUAGCCUCUCUUGUAACCCUUUGUUGCCCCUUCCUAUCAUCAGCCAGCAACAUGGCCUAGGAGCUGUGCUUCUGGGAAACCAGAGAGAAAAAGAAGAGGGCAGGCAGCUUUGACAGGUGCUGUUUUCAGUUUUACUGCAACUCCUCCCCCUUUUAUUUCCCCAAUUUAAGCAUAGGUUCUACCAGCUGUAGAAACUUGAGUCCCUCAGGCUGGCAGCCGCCCCAGGUACCUGCCUUGGUGUGUGUGUGGGGGUGCCUAGCAGCCGUGAAGAGGGCUGAAGGGUGGAGGGACUCAGGGUCCUCCCUUACUGCACAUGGUAAUGUUCAUUCCCCCACCCCCAGCCACUUCCCAGAGCUUAUACACAGGUGCUAUUAUUUAGGAAAAAACUGGUCAGCUCUGGCCAACAGCAAGGUUUUUCUCUUCUGCCCCAACUAUUGUGUGGCCUCUCAUGCUGAAAUCGGCUUCUCCAGCUUUCAGAGCCUGAAACAAAGAGAAAAAGGAUCUGUCUCUACCCAGCACAGCAAAUGGUUGUAGUAAUUGCCAAAGCCCUCAUAAACCCCUCCGGCUUGAGGAGAGUAUAAUCGUGGGCACUGCUGCCUGCCCUUGCUGAAUACCUCCCUCUGCCUCCUUUCUUGAACUUAGGAUGUGGGGAGAGCCUGCAAGUGCCAGAAUAUGCUUCUGCUGCAGCUACUCCAGAGUGUGUCCUCCUCCUAUUCCCCAGAUAAGGUAUCUUCUGCACAGGGCUUGGCACCCAACUCCAUGCUCAGCACACCAGGCUGGGCCUGCCCAGCCAUGUCCCCUACUUGCACUUUGGAAGCCGAAGGUCCUUUUAUCAGAACCCUGAAAUGCUGUUGAAGGUGCCCCCGCUGCAGCCCAGCAGCGGCUGGAGAAGCAGGUGGAGGGAAGUGUUUCUCCCAAAUAGGAGUCCUGGGGCCUGGCCAGGCCAGGGUUUGGGCCUAAUGGCUGUGAGUAAAUUACCCCCAUCCUCCUUUCCGGAAGAGGGGGAGCCAGAGCCACUCACUAUCAUUCUGCUCUGACCUUGAAGGGGGUGGUGUUGGCCUGGCUUCUGGAAUGGACAGAGUCCACCGCAGAAAGGGCUGGGGGCAGGAGGAGGUGGGGAGGGGCCCUGCCUGCGGAAGGUAGGAUUAGAUCAUUAGCUCAGUGACCUCCUAGGGUUUCGAUGUGCUGUGUUCUCAUCCUACAGCUGGUUUGGUAAUGAUCUGCAAGUCCCGGAGAGCAACAGCACAGCUCUGCCUGACGCUCUCAUUAAAAUCUAUGCAGCCAAGCUCGGCGCUUUGUAGCAGCCGGCCUUGCGAAGCCUCCUCAGCUCGGGGGGCUGGGGACCCAGUCAGCUGAGAGGCCCUCUGGGCUCUACUUAUGCAUAUGUGCACCAAAAAAAAAAAAAGUGCUUCUUGAAACCCAAAGCCCUUUAAAAUGAUAAAGGAUCCAAUGCAGGUAGAUAUGUCUUUGGAAUUCUAUAAUUGUAGGAUACAAAGUUUAGUGAUUAUUUAAACCAAACAGCUGAGGCUGGUAAGAGUAUGAACAAUGGCCUGUGAGGGCUCUUAAGUACCAAAGCCAAGGAGCCACCUUCCUUCCUGGUCUGCCCAGCCCAGCCCAGGGGACCUGCCCCCAUUCCUGUGGCCCAGGGGCCCAGCUUCCAAUCGGCAGUGUCAGAAGUGACUUGUGGCUUUGCCUUGGUCGUGAGAUGAUUUCAUUCCAAAGGAGCAGGCUGGGGGGGGGGGGCGGUGUUUGAUCCCUUGGAGGCUCAGAGCAGCUGGCCCAAGCUCCAGCUUGCCUCCAAUGGAAGCUUGAGCGCCCUCAGAAACGACCCUGACCAAUGUCACCGCAGAGCCGAGGCGGUGUUGUCAGGGCUAAUGUGAAAUCUCUUCCCGUGGCGCCGAUCCUCCGACUCUGCAGCGCCAGCUUGGACAGAUUGAGGUCUCUGAGGCUUUGGUGACCCUGCUUAUGCAUUCCCACCGUGUCCCUGCUCUGCUCUAGGACUGCCUCCCUCUGCAACCCCUCACCUGACCUCAGGGCCUGGGGAGGGAGGCAGUGCACCACGCCCAGGCGCUUCUGCUCAGGAGAGAUGUCAGCCUUCCUGGGGGGCAGCAAGCUUUGAGCUCUGCCAGGGGGCAGCUGGCCAGGGUCCAGCUGAUCUGGGACCAGGUGUCCCACUGAAAAGUGCCUUGCUGUGCCUCCUGCCACAUUCACUUUCACAGUGCCUCAGUGAGGGCAAGGAACAGUUCUGUUACUGUAUUAACUUCAUUGAGUUAAUUCACUUGAGAAACUAACCAAUUUUUACUUUCUGUCUAGAAUGAUGUACAUGUAGGAGAGUAAGCUGUAAUGCUCCCAAAGUGCCUUGUUUUCUCUGAUAUAAAUAUAUUUAUAAGGACAUAUUCCAAUGGGUUCUUGGGUAUGUUUGCCACAUGGAGAUUUUAGGGCAUGGGCAAGUAUAGUGGGGAUGCCUUCUGCAAACAGGCCCUUUCCCCUGAGAAUGGGGAAGGGGCUCUUCAGUUGGAAAUCCAAGCAGUGGGGUUAAGUCAAACCCCCACAGUUACCCUUUCCUCCUCUGCCCUGUUUUUCUAAGACCCUGGAAGGAUAUCCAAUUGUUUGAAUCCCUGCAGCUCCAAGCCUGGUCUCAUUUGCUUUCCUGCCAGGCUCAUGUGUAUAUAUAUACCUGUAUCCCAGUGAUUUGAAGAUUCCAUGUAACUAUUAUGUAUACACAUGAAUACUUAAAUACCAAUAUUUUCAAUAA